ACAACUUUCUAGAUUUCCAAACAUAAGAUUACUAGCUUCAUCCUUCUGCAAACUACUUAUCAAUAACAACAGCCUUAACCGUACACAAGGUCAUAUUGUCUAUCCUAUUACAUUGUUUUUAUAAGGAUGUCUUCAUCUACGAACUCUUUGAUGAAACCAGUGUCUUCAAGGGAUAUCGAGCCUCGUUCUCGUAGUAAAGUGACUGUUAUAGGUGUUGGAAUGGUUGGAAUGGCUGCAGCAUUCUCUACCAUGCAAGUGGCAGGAGAACUCGCACUUAUUGAUGUCGUAGCAGAUAAGGUUAAAGGAGAAGUUCUUGAUCUACAGCAUGGUCAACAGUUUAUUGGCAGAUGCAAAAUUGAUGGGGGAACCGACUACAAAUACUCUGCAAACUCAGAUAUUGUCGUCAUCACUGCUGGUGCCAGACAAAACGAAGGAGAAUCACGACUGAACCUUGUUCAGCGUAAUGUUGAUAUAUUCAAGAAAAUAAUACCGAAUGUUGUGAAAUACAGUCCAAACUGCAUCAUAGUCGUCGUAUCGAACCCUGUCGAUAUUUUGACAUAUGUUGCUCGAAGAUUGAGUGGAUUUGAAGCUCAUAGAGUAAUUGGGACCGGAACCAUGCUUGACUCGGCGAGGUUUCGUUUUUUGUUAGGUGAGAAAUUGGGAGUAUCUGCCAAUUCUGUCCAUGGAUAUGUAAUUGGUGAACAUGGUGACUCGAGUGUUGCUGUUUGGAGUAAUGUGAAUGUUGCUGGAGUUCGGCUGUCUUCUCUAAAUCCGAAGAUAGGAUGCAAAGAUGAUCCUGAAAAUUUCGAGGAAAUACACAAGCAGGUUGUUCAGAGCGCCUAUGACAUCAUUCGCUUGAAAGGUUACACCUCAUGGGCGAUCGGGUUGGCAUGUGGAUCACUUUGUAGCGCACUACUAAAUAACCUUCAUACAGUUUAUCCACUCUCUGUUCCUGUCAAGGGAAUUCACGGAAUCGAAGAGGAUGUUUAUUUGAGUUUACCAUGUCUUGUAACUUCAGCUGGAAUCAGUCAUUUGGUUCCGCCUGAACUUAGUGCGGAUGAAUUGUGUAAAUUGAGAAAAAGUGCUGCCACUUUGAAUGAAGUGAUACAAAGAAUUAUUUGGUAAAAUUUAAUACAAUUAAAAUAACAGUCUGGUAGUGCAUCAACAUUGCAGUAAUUUCUGUACGUCACCGAUUAUUAUUUUCAUGUUUUACGUUAGGAAAUUUGUUUCCGAAUUACUUAAAUAAAACUUUAUGAUGCUUGUUUCAUAACACAUAGCUGAGUGCUUACGUUGACGAUUAAAUAUAAAUUUGCGGUCCACUA